AUGGAGAAGUUUAGUCAGUUUCGAGAUCGAGCAACCGGCAUCUCGCCAUUCCUCCCGGUGACGACUCCUCUGUCUGCCGUCUCGAUUCUGACGCACACCCUACUCUUUAUAUUCCGGCUUCCAUUCUUCAUCGCCUACGCCGCCAGCUACUUCAUGCUGUUCCACCACUUGCCGUUGCCCGUCGUCGCACGCAAGAUGGCACUAUGGGGUCUGAUGGCUAUCCCAGGUAUCUGGUGGGUGGACUUACAGCUCGACGGCGUCAAGCGUGGAACUCUGUCGGACCAGCCUCUUCAACGCUUUCCUCACCCAGGCUCCAUCAUCGCCGCCAACUUCAGCAGUCCCAUCGACGCCGUGUACCUGGCGGCCAUCUUCGAUCCCAUCUUCACCGUAUCGUAUCCUGGCGAAAGACGAGUUCAGCGUGUUAGUUUGUUCGGCGCUAUUAUGCAGGCACUAAGUCCGGUCAGGACGACAGCUCCGCCGGAUGCGAAAUUGGUCGACAUCGAAGACUUGUUGGAAGCCUAUCCUGACCGUGUGAUUGCUGUGUUCCCAGAAUGCGGUACUAGCAACGGCAAAGCUAUUCUGCCAUUCAGUCCCUCGUUGGUGGAGACUCCUUCCGAUGUGGCAAUGUUCCCCGUGAGCAUUCGAUAUACUCCCUCAGAUGUUACGACUCCCGUACCUGGAUUAUGGCUCGGAUUCUUGUGGAAUCUCCUAUCACGACCAACCACUUGCAUUCGUGUCCGCAUUGCAGAGAGUCAAAUGAACACUGCUGCUGCCAAGGUCAAUGGGGCUCAUACGUCCAACGGCUCCAGUGAGCUGAAGUACAGAAAGGAGGGCUCGCCGGAUGCUUCGGCCGAUGAGCAAAGGGUCUUGGAUCGUGUCGGAGAAGCGCUUGCCAGGCUAAGUAGAGUCAAGCGUGUCGGCCUUACGAUGAAGGACAAAGCGGCGUUUGUUAAUGCCUACAACACUAAGAAGUCAUGA